CGAUGGUCUGCAGGAUAAAAGGCAGAGAGACGAAUGCGAGUAACACACAAGAAGCAAAAAUAUGAGUUAGUUUACGGCUAAAAGGAUGUUGACUUCUAAAACUUCGCACGUCUCCGCGCAUUUCCGCAUGAAGUGUUGGGCACUCCUCGCCCAGCUAGCGUCACCGCUGACAGUUGCGGCGUAUGAGUACACGAACGCCACGGAUCUGGGCGAAGGCAUUCGCGAGUUCACGGUGAAGCACGACGGGGUGGAUGUGAAAGUCCAGGAAUUCGCCCAAGAACCGCCCUCGUUCCUCGACGCCGCCCAGCACAGCCACGACCAGCAUGUUUGCAAGGUUCUAGGAGGACAGUGGGUCGGUGAGAAAGAACAGCACAAGAAGGAACUGGCAAAUAUGAUAAUGAAACGCCGCGCCGAGAGACACAGCAGCCCCACGGGCACAUCGACGAAGAAACGCUCCCUCAUCGAGCAAGCGGAGGCCACGUUCGAUCAAUUGUUGAACCGCGGAAUCCACACAGUGGCUUCUUUGGUGGAGGUAUUUGCGGUCCGGGCAAGAAAACAAUCGUCGAAAGUCAUUGCUGUCCUUACUCCGCGCAGCACGGAGGCAAAAACUGGAUUUGUCAGAAAGUGGAAUGAUUUUCAGAAGGGUGCGGCGGUGCGAUUGGAACACGAUGUGGCGCUCGGCGCGAGGCACUUACUGCACACCACAACGCACCUGGUGCACAACGGAUUGGAUGACAUGCUCUCCCACCUAAGUAAGGGAAUCGACGACCACGUUGCCACUACGCUGUUUAAACAUGUGCCUGACACUUUCGAGAAACUUAGAACGCACGCCGCAUUGAAGUUCCAUGGCUGGGUCGCAUCCGCGCAUCAUUUUGCAGCCAGCACGCUGCACAACCCACUGCAAAAAGCUUGCACCUUUUCUGACUUACUUCUCGCCGCGGGCAUUUCUAGCAUUACGCAUCUGUUCGUCGAAAUGACCGCUCUGGUGGUGCACCUAGUUGGAGAAUUGUUUUUGGAAGCAGAUGAAGGUGGAGUGAAAGCGCGACUUGCAAAAAUCCGGGAAGAUCUUUCCCAACAUAUCACAGAGCACACACACCUCUUUGGCCGUUCUGACGCGUCGCACAAGCUGGGUUCGUAUUUGCAGGAGCGCGAUGCUCUCCCGUUGCCCCCCCCGGGCUACUACGACAACCACGGCGACGGGCUCCCAUCUUCACCGCGGCAGGCCCUCCCCGAACCCGAGAGCUCGAGCGACUUGGGACCUUCCUCGGCGAUGCCGUUCAACGUCAGCCGAACAGUCGGCGCAGCCGCUUCUACCUCCCUCAUGGAGCUGACGCGGGCACCCUCGGAGUUCGAGAAGUUCCAGAACGUCUUCAAGAGUGCCGUGGGACUGGCAGCAGAAACGACGAUGCUGGCAGCAGAAACGACGAUGAAGGCCGCGAUGAACCUGGCGGAAGAAGCAAAAGGUAGCGUCAAGAGCGCGGUGGCGUUCGUCAACGACCAGGUUCAAAGUUUAUCAAUUUAAGUACACGAUCAAGCAGGAGGGUUGCACACUCCAACGUCGGGCUGACUGCCCGAUGGCGACCAGCUUCCGCUGGAUCUCUGUCCUCCAUCUAGGGUCUCCAUAGCGCGGCCGCGAUUUCGGAGACGUCUGGGCGAUCGCGUGCGCGACCGCCUGUUCGCUGGUUGCUGACAGAUGCUGGGAGGCUCUGGAAAAAUUGCGCCCGUGAAAAAUGGAACCGCAAAAAAGAAAAAGCGCACCAGGCCCAUGAAGCCAGUUCCAUCCCAUUGGCCUGAUUUUUUUGCGCGCCUGCUACGGUGCGCAGACCGGCUCCACACCUUCGGGGCUGGCUUCCGCAGGUGGCUUUUUUUAAAUCGAGAAAAACUGUGCCGGAUUACUGUUGGCCGCCAGUCCGUGCGGCGUUACGUUAUCCACGGGGGGGGGGGGGGGGGUGGGCGCGCACAGAACAAAAUCGGGGCUGGCCCGCGGCGGGCAGAGGCGGGGGCAAGAAAGCGGUCGCGACCUCACUACCUCCACCGCCGCGGCUAUAUUUGGCAUGUCAGGCGGCGUUGUCUUGGAAGAAUGCAGGCAGACUUGUGUGUCAUCCCAACUUAUAUAGAGGCGCGGUAAAUAGCUGAAAGCGUGCGUGCUGAGAGUGCGCACCUGUGCCACGUACUGAUAGUUGAGAGCGCUCGCCUCCAGGCGCCUUCCGAUGGAGUUAAGACGUUUCUCCUGAUCGCAACUUUUUGAUUGCGGCUUAUUUACACCCUGCGACCUGACUGCCGCACUUCCGACGUUCCGGCUGCCUCGAGCGCUACGGCGCGUCGAGGAUGGCCGUCGACAGCGACGUCACGAUGCAGGAGAGCGCAACUGCAACGGCGUCGUCCUCCACCACGUUCCCGGCGCUCGGUGGCGCGGACGAAAACAACAGCUACACCGGCAGGAAACAAGUCUACAGCGCUACGCUCGACAGCAGCGAUGUGGAGCCCGCUGGCCUGGACUGUCUCCUCCCAGGCGGAUAUGUAUUGGGGCAGAUCUUGAAUCUCGGGCGGGACCCCAAGACGAAAGCAGUGACCAACGGGUUUUUCUGGGUGCAGCCCCUCCGCGCGACGAGAGUCGGGGAGUGGAGAUCGGAGCGGACCGAACGGGGCUGGUUCAAGGGAAUCUACUCGACAAUCGGCAGCGUUAAAUACGGGCAGCGACAGAGCGAACUGCAGCCGGGCGCUCAUGUGAAGUUUGUUAUCGACACGUACAAGCGGAGGAACCCGCUCACCGGGGAGCAGCACUGGUCCUGGAUUGCGCGCGACGUUCAACUCGUAACGGAAACUGGUCAGCCGCUCACCUUUGCAGAACCGACGCCCGCACCGUGGCGCAACGCUCAGGCCAUGCAGGAGGGCGGUACAUUUCCCGCUUUAGGCGCCAACCCCGGCCGCGACAGCAUGUUUACGCGCGACGAGGUCCGGGUGCUCAUCGACGAAGCACUGGCGGCCCGCGAUGAGGAAUUCGAACAGAUGAAGGCCAAGGUCGAGGACCAGGGGGCGAAGAUCGACGCGGCGACCUCCGGCAUCGAAGCGGCGCGGGACCACUUCUCGACCUUACAGGGACAAUGUCUGUGAUACGGAGUUCGCCACGCUGCGCGAGGACAUGCUCACCUCGCGCGAGGAAAUGCAGAGGCGGGUCGGGGCAUGCUAGAACCACAUCGAGGGGUUCAAGGUUCAGGUCGGCGCCCAGCUGCAGACCAUGAUGAACACGAUACAGGCAGGGAUGAGUCAGGUAAUUGAUAUUUGUAGCACUCUCCACAGUCUAAGAAAUCCAUCGCUCACGCCGGCGACACCUCUGCCAACGCAUGCGGAGGGCGUCACCGAACAGAAGAGCAAGACCGACGAUGGGGCUAGCUGCGACAUCGCGCGCGAUCGCGCAUUUAUUCGAGUUGCGGGGCGCAAAGCCUACAAGACUUCCUUUCCAGCGACAGCAUGCAAGCCGGCAGGAAGUGGAAAUAUGACGCACGAUCAUGGCGCAAAGUUCUUCCCCAUUUACGCAAAUCACGAUAAUGAAUCUUCGAAAAAUACAGAUAUCGUUAUACGGGAAGAAGGGCGCUGCAGCGACACUGGGGGCGAAGGGCGCGGUGGGCGGACCGACGGGAACCCAGGCCUCGGUGGCAACGGCAGCACCGCCACAGGUCGCGGCACCGCCGCAGGAACCCAGAACAGGAAGCAACCCGCUGGUGGAGCAGGAUGGCGGACAGCCGGCGUCGAAGCGACAGCGGGAAGAAGCGCUGGAGAAGCCCGUGGAGGACACGCGUGCGAAGCGGAGUGUGCCAGUGCUGGGCUCGGGAGCAGCAGCGGCUGCAGCAGCAAUGAAUGGCAGUGGGGCUGGUGCGCCCUCCCGAUAACCGGAGCGGUUCGCUGCAUCGAUUUCAUCAACUUGACCAUCUACCUCUGCCUCAUUACCGCGAGUUGGAUCGUCUCCCCCAGGUUCUUCUCCUUACUGAUCCAGCUGAUCAUCAUGCCUGUUUCGUACGAAGUAACGCGACAUCUUUUUCCUCUUCGACAUGUCAUUACCAAAGUGCUCUACGACGUCAUGACUUUUGGAUGUGAAGCGAUCCAGCAACAAGGACGAUGCUAUGCGUCCACACCUACGUUUACUCGCUCCACUGCCGUAUUUUUUCAGCAUGGUGCACUGCAUCCGGCCAGGACCUUUUGCUCUCGCACCUUGAAGGACCCGGUAUUUUUUCAGCGCAGCACGGAGACAAAGAGCUCCGGCACCUGCGAACUCGGGUUGAGGAUUUUUCUGUUGUACAUCGGGAUCGCAUGCUGCAGUGUUGCGGCGAUCGACUUGAAGACAAAGAUUAUUGACCUUGUUUGGAUUGGAUCUACACUACUGCUCUACCUUGACAGUCUGAUAGCGAACGUCUGGGAGAAUGUCUGUGCCGUGUUUCGCUCCUGUUUCAGAAGAACAAAAAGAAAGUGUCCGCGGAAGAGCAGGGCAGCACCCACGGCCCGCCUUGAUAGAAGUUCCUGUGUUCGACAUGCUGCGAAGGUCGUAUUUGGUCUUGCGAGCGAGGGAAUAGCGAUGCAGACGGGAGACAGCAGCGAUGGGCUUCGGGUUUCGAAGUACAGUCUGCGACUCACGAGCGGGCGGGCCGCUCGUCCUGCUGACUACGCAGCCGAGAUCUGCCCCUCGUACUCUGAAGCUGUUCUUGCAAGUCGCCAGGCGCGACAGGCCAGGAAAGCAGCAGCACCGGCAACAGACGACGCGGCACCUGCGCAGCAGGACAGUACCAAGAAGAAGAAGACCGACGACAAAAAGCCCUGUGACUACUCCCGUUUUGCGCGUCGGCCCUGUUCCGACUACAACGUCUUCAAUGCCGGGGCUGCAGGCGACUGCGACUCGGUUGAAAUCACGACGCAGAACGUUCGGGAGGCGGUGAUCGGGGUUGACGCUCGGGACCGUAUUCUGCAGAACGCCCCGGAGCGCUUUGGUGUCAUCGCUUUAUCAGAAACCCGGUGGGGGAAGUCGGGCUGCGGGCUACAAGGAGUCAAACGGUUAAACGGCGAGACCAUACAGGGGGUCGCAGCUGCAGCAGAUGCAGACUCGGACUCCGAGGCCAGCUCUUCCGCCUGCAUCGCCGAGACGAAGGACUACGUGACACGGGGGCGGGGAUAUAUCGCCUGCCUUGGGCCGGGCGCAGGCAUUGCGGUGCGCAGCGGACCGGUCUUCGACGAGCUCACCAGGCUGACUGACGAAGACCUAGCAGAACGAUUCGAGGUGCGGGAGCGAACCUGCGCGGGGUUUUUCCGCAGCUUCACCUUGUUCAGCGCCUACGCACCCGCCAAUGCCGACCCUGCCGACGUUGCUGCCUACCUGCGGGACCUCGGCAAAUACGUGCGUCGCACGCUGCGACGGAAGGGGCGCCGCGACCUUCCGUUCUUCAUCGCGGGAGAUUUGAGCUGCCAUGUCGGGGCCGAGGUUGCCGGGUUUGCGGUCGGGGAGCACGCUUGUACGACAAAGCCUACAAGCCCCAAGGGGCACGCACUGCUGCGGUUCUUGUCCAAGAACAACCUCCGGCUCGUUGAUUCGUUUUUCGAGAUUGGCGACAAUGGCGACGACCGCUAUACCUUUUUUCGGGGGGAGCAGCGAUCGGAAGUUGGCGGCUUCAUUACGGCCGGCCGCUUCCUGGGACGGGUCCAGAAGGUCGAGCGGUGCGAAGUUCUGCGUGACAAGACUACGCUGCGGGAAGAUGGCACAACAGCGCUGGACCAUUACGGGAAGACCAUCACGCUUGCGGUUCCUCGGGCUGGUGUAGAUGACGGGGUGACGGGGCAAACACGGAAAGGGCAGAAGUGGGUCGGGGUCGUCCCCAUCACGCCGGAGCUACAGGCAUUCUUUUCCAGUCAGGUGCUGUCAGUCCACCCUGCGUUCCCAGGCCGCGGCCAACCCCUCCCUCAUCCCCGGUGGCGACGGCGCACUUGAUGAUCCAGGCGGAGAUGCGCCCUCGGGGUUGCAAAAGUUUUUGGCGGCGAUGUCGGAAUCCGAGGCAGUUCUGAUGGAAACCGGGCAGGAGCGGGCUCUUCGCAUUAAGGCCGACAAGAAAGAGCAGAAGCGCAUUCGCGAAGAGUGUGCCCCUGCUGCUGCAGCUGCUCCAGCGGGCUGCCCAUCGAAGCUUCGGGCGCUUUGGGCGCACAUCGGAGGGUGCAGGAAACAGCGGGGGCCAUCAACUGCGCCGGGCGGCUGGGCGGAGUUCUACCUCACGCAGGUCAUCGCGAAGGCCCACCCGCAUUGCAGUUUCGACGCCACGGAGUACGUGGACCCGCUUCCGCAGAGCUGCGUGCGCGACCUUGAUCGGCCGAUCGACUUAGCUGAAUGGCGGAAGGCGCUGAAGGAGGUGCGGCCCGGGAACGACUUCCAAUGCUGGCCGAAGCAGGUCUUCGAUGCGCUUGACGAUGCUUGCGCGCAGAUAUUUUUGGACGAGCUGAGCUGCGAACUUGCGGCUGGGCGGGGCCUGCAGCGCAUUGGCCGCAUGUACCGGCGGACCAAGAUCACCUGGCAACACAAAACGGGCGACCGCACAAAACUCGCGACUUAUCGUGGCAUAUCGGCGGUGCCGACUUUGGCAAAAGUGCUCGCGCACUGCCUCACGAAGCGGCUGCAGGCCGUCAUCGUCGAACACGGCCUGAUAGACCCGGAAAGCUUCGGGGGGGCUUGUUCCCGGGAGAAACGCAAGCGACGCCCUCGUACUAUUCCGGCGCAUGACUGAAGAUGCUCGCGACUUCCAGAAUCAUGAACAGUACGCGGUCCCGUGGGGGCUGUUUCUUGAUCUAAGAAAAGCAUUUCCAUCAUUGAGCUGGAAAUGUGUUACGUCGGUCAGCGAUCGGCUUGGGAUCUCCCGCGCACGCACCUGGGCAGGGUUGUCGGCCUGCCACCGCGACGCCUGGUGCCAGGAAGCGCGGGAGCAGGAAGAUUUUAUUCUUCCGAUCGGACUCCAAGAGGGUUGUCCUUCAAGUCCCUGCAUGUUUACAGUAACGUAUGCAGUGGUCUCCGAAUCGACGCGGCGCGCGCGGGCAGUAUUUCCGCCGGAGCAGAAGAACCUCGACAGCGCGGGCCUUUUGUUGCGCUACCCCACCGACGGCACCUGCGCGGCAACAGAAAAGGAAAAGCUGGAGAACUUGCUGAGGGCGUCGCAGGCGAGCAAGCGGGGCGAGAGACGGGUCGGCAGCGUCUGCGGUACGACGAGCACCGGCCGCCGGUCAACAACAGGCGCGCCGCGGGCCAGCCGACACGAAGCGCCCAGCGACUUCGGGCGAAACAGGUCGAGCUCAGUACUGACACAACGGCGCGACAGGAGGAGAAGAUUAUUGCGGACUCGGGCGGGAUAUACGGGCCUGCCCCUGGCGAGGGCGGGGCGUUGCGAUGCAGAACCUGCGACGUGAAUCUUGGUGGGAGCCUCCGAGCACUGCGGGCGCACUUGAACUUGCACAAAGCGGAUGAGUUCGUGCGUCUCGUGUCGGAGCCAGGAGAUUACUGCGGUCCGGUCGAAGAGUUUUUGCAUGGCAAGUCCGGGAAUUGUAUUCACGGCCCUCAGUAGUGCCGACAAAUAAUUAAAAGAUGAGACAGCCCCAGGCGGCCGAUGUCAGUUGGUUGCGCUGCUUUGCAUGUGGAUCCUUUCUUGGAUGUUUUUGGUGGAUGCGUGCUGCGGAGUGAUGCGUGAGAGAAAGAUGGAUGUGGGCCGAGAGUGUGAAGACCCUAAAGCUCUUAGGUGUAGCCGCGCGCGCGCGCGGAUGUUGUGGGAUGUUUUCAAGAAAACCCCGCCCACCGCUCCCGGUUGGUUCCUGUUCCCGCGACGGAUCUUUGGCUGGCUGACUGCGUGCUGCAGUCUCAUGUUCCGGCUGCGUGCCCCUGUUGGCACGUAGUUGAUGGCUUCCUCUUCCUCACCGAUGGCAGGCUGCUCGUGAUGCACAGCGAGACUUUCUCCAGCUGCGUGUCCUUGUUGACACGUAGCUGAUGGCCUCUCUCACCGAUGACAAGCUGCAGAUGAUGGACAACUUGGUGCUGUUGCUGACCACCGGCACAUGCGUGCUCUCUACGGACGAAACAGGGGAGCACUGGCGAUACGGCCUCCAAGCGGCGCUCCCGGAGUCCGGUCGUGCUGAUGUGAAUGCACGAUGCAAAACUGACUGCAUCGGCCUGGGGCUUUGGUUUGGUAGGGGCGUCGUCGAAGAUUAUAAUUAUUUUAUACCACCGAAAUACACGAACAAGAUGAAGCACGUUCUUCCACCGGAACGCUUCCUGCCUGACAACGAGGCGAGCAAGUUCAAGGCGACGCGGAUACGAUGCCCGGUAUGCGCCAGCCACGAGGUCCCGUGGCCACGGAAAUACCAGCGAAAAAUCGGGGCGAAGACGAGGAUGCUGAACCACGAAAAGCAGUGCAAGAAGAAAAGGGCGCUGCAACUCGACAAUGAAGCAGAUCGAGAUGUUGCUGACGCUACUAGCUCCUCUGGAAGCGAGAUGGACGACGAUGAACUGGUCGACGGAAUUGAGGAUGAAGAAUGAUCGCGAAAAGAGCACGAGAAAAAAGUCUUGAUCAUAGAUGGACUCGAAAGUCGUAGCAAGUCGUGCUGUGCCCUGACUGUGACUUGCUCUCAAAGUUGAACUUGAACCAGGUCCCAACCCAUUGCACGCUCCCCCCCCAGUGCAGUUAGAUGAUGAUGAUGAUAGGCGAGCGUGGCGCUUGACCUUCGUUCCUAAGAUUGGAACUCACAAUAAAUAUAUACGAAAUAAGUUCCUGAAAUAAAUUGGAACCUCACAGGUGAGCAAGUCAAAGGACGCACUGCGGGACGUGGCGAUGAUCAUCGCGCUCGCCCGUUUCGCGGAUCCGCUCCAGGAGUUUCUGACCGGCGCGCUAGCGAGCGCCCUCGCGGUGUGUGUAGUAGCUGCGCACCAGGGGGGCGCAGUUGUUGCCAAGACAGUGGAUACGAUGUUCAAUUUGUUUGAACAAAAAGUCGCUAUUCCCUUGCAGAAGAAGAUUCAUUUGCAGGAUCAACACUGGGAAGCGUGGCGCGAGUUCCGGAAAGCGAUUUCUAAUGACAUACACGAGAUUUAUCACACGUUCGUGGAAACCCCGCUGGGGUUGUACGUCGCCACCUUGGCGCGCGGGGCUGUUUGCGCUUAUGCUGAAGCGCUGGCGCUCUUGUUUCCGGGUCCGAAAAACAACGAGGAAACGAAUCAUGUGGCUUCGCAGCUGUACAAAGAUAUGCUGGACACGAUUUUUCCCCCGGCCCCGGGUGAGGAGGAAGGAGCGGGAGUCACGCAGCAAGACUUGAAGCACUGGGGGUUACCCAGUCCGAAAGACUCAAACUUCUGCGACGUGCCGAAAACUCAGGACGUUGUGCAGACGACUAAAAAGAAGGGGAAGUAACCAGGAACUCCUUUUGCGUGAAGAAAUGACGAGAGGAUAGAAGAGCCUCUCAGGUGGCGAGAACUGCCUGAGUUCUCAUCCGACUGGGAGCGGAAUGAACUUACGUAAAACUACGUGCUCCACCUGUUGCUACCACUGAGUAGCGUUUCGAGUGUGAAGUUGUUUCUUUUCUUUUCCUCGAAGAAUCAAGAAUGGAUCGAUAAACAAACUCAAAGUAUAUGGAAAAUUUGG